ACUGGAGCUGAAACAGAAAUGUGUUGUUCGAUAUAGUGAUUAUGGACUGCGCCUUAAGAAAAAAAAAAGCCCGAAGACGUGUAUGCAGAUAAACGCAACCAGGGUGCACUUUUCUAACAUCUGGUGGCUCUUUGUUUUUGCACAGAAGCUGUCCGAUUUCUACACGGAAUCCUCUUUAUCUUUGCGAAAGUCUACCUCUUGAGUAACACGGGAGUGAGGUCAGCAUAGCAUGACUCAACCUUGGAUGUGCAUGCAGUCAUUUCUGGGCUAUUGCUUUCCCAGCUUGGCGCAUGGACACACUGGAGUUUUUCUCUCAGCGAUCCCUGGAGAAAGCGGUCGUCAUCCAUGAAAACACAACGGAAGUCAAGUUCCAGAAGUUUCAGAUUGCCUUGAUUCACUAGGAGUAGAAGACAACUAGGUACAAAGGAAAGCAAUAGACAUGUUUGAGGGUCUGAUAGUUGACACUGUGAUUUCUGCUAAUGGGAUGUUUUGCAUUUUAAAGCUGACUUCCAUUCCAACUAUGCUUAGCAGAUUUGGAUGACCACAGACUGUUUAAAAACCUCUAACUACAUUUGUGAAAAAAGAGGGACAGAUUAAUUACACUGGAGAGAGCCUGGUGUGGUUUGGAGAUUUGAACUCUUCUUUACCCUGUCACGAGCUCACUCCAGCCCUCACUUACCAUCCUUAUUCAUGAUAGUCAUGAGUUUGCCAGCUCAACAGAAAGCCAACACAAAGAGGACAGGCAAACGCAUCACUUUCUUUAACGACCAGGGCGUUGCAAUGAAAGAAGCUUCUCAGCGCUCAGAGAACUCCUACUAUGGCAUGGGGGCCCCUCCCUCAGAGUCAGGCCACAAUGAGGGUGCGGGUGUGGAAAGCUCCACUGCUGAUGCACCACAUAUGUUUCUCAAUUCUGUCAUUUUCAGCCCAGAGAAGGGCAACCAGAACCGAGGCCAUUACCAAAAUACAAUGCCAAUGAAAUGGACACACCAGGAGCUAUCCCAGCAACCUCAGCAGAGACCUACAGGCUGGUCUCAGGGUGUCACAACGACAACUUGGGCUCAGACUUAUACUCCAUACUUGGGAGCACAGACUGGUUUAGUAAAGCAGGUACCUGAAAGUAUUGCAAUACCGCAGCAGCAGCCUGCCUCCAUUAGGAUGGCGGAAAAGCAACAACAGGGACCUAACACGGGUGGAGAAACUUUUAGAGAUGCUUCUAAAGGCCUGGACUGGGAACAGCAGCCACAAGCCUUUCAGCAGGGUCACAAACCUGCUUUUUUCAAUCCCCAGCAGAAUGUGACAUCCACCACAGGGAGCACAUCUGUGCUUCAGCCCUUUCAGUUAGCUUUUGGGCAGCCUAGGCAAAACUUGGCAGCAGGCUAUUAUCAGGUAUUCCAUGGUAACAGAACCUUGCAAAAUGUGAAUUUUGUCAACAGCACCCAAACAAACCCCCAAAAUCGAAUUCAGCAGCAACUUCAGCAGCAGCAACUUCAGCAACAGCAGCAACAGCAGCAGCAAAUCCAGAGACUGAUCCAUAAUCAGCAAAUUCAGCAACAACAAAAAAUACUGCAACAUCAACAACAGUCACAACAACUCGCGCCAUCGCAACAGACGCAACCACAGCAGCAGGUACAGCAUUUAAACCAGAUCCAGCAGCAGCCAAUACAAAUGCCAACGCAGAUACAAAAACAACAGCAAGCACAGCCACUACAACAGCAAUUGCAGCAACACGUGCAAAAAUCUCAGCAACAGCAAGUGCAACAGCCGCAAUCACUAAAUCAGCAAAAAGCCGAACAACUACAAAAGCUGCCACAGAAUCAGCAAGUAGUGGAAUAUUCUUCUGCUGGCACACAACUGCAGUCACUUUCUCAACCCAAUCAAUCAACAGGGCAAUCCCAGGACACACCUGAAUCAGCACAGCCCCAGGAUAAUGCUCCUGAGUGCCGUCCUGUUCUUCCUCAGGCAUCCGCUGAGACACAACAACCUGGACCACGGAGGUCUCGGCGCCUCUCCAAAGAGGGUGGAGGACAGGUAACAGAGAAUCCCUCCCUCAUGCCUGCUGAGCAACAGACUCUGGGCUCUCAUAAUGGAGGCACUGAAGCAAGGGAGGCUGGAGCCAAGCAGGCCAUCCGAGCAGCGCCUACUGGGGUCAUCCAGAGCACGCGGCGAAAGAGGAGGGUUUCCCAAGAGGCCAAUCUGGAGACAUUGGCUCAGAAGGCCUCCGAGAUGGAGUGCUUACCUUCACACACAGUCAAGGAGUCUCACAGGUCCUGGAGCCCCCCGGCAUCAGGUCCUGGUCGAGGGGUUGGAGAGCUGGAGGGUUUGAGUGCCAAACGUGUGAGAGAUGAGAACCUGGUGCCUCUGGUCAUCCCAGUGUCGGUUCCUGUAAGGCGGGCAGACCCCAUGUCUUUGGACCAGGAGCAAAGCUCUCCGUUACCCAGCUGGUCCCAGCGGCCCAGUGAUCCAAACCGGACUGACCACAAACCCUCUGUCAUUGUCACGCGCCGGCGCUCGCUACGCAACUCUCUGUCUGAGAGCUCGAGUCAGAACGGUGGAGCUGAGCUCGGUGGCGAUGUAGAUGGCAAAUCGUCCAAGGCGAAACGACGUCCUCGGCCGGAGCCGCUCUUCAUCCCUCCGCCCAAAGUGAGCACGCUGAUUGCGCCACCCGUUUACUCCAGCAUCACACCCUACCAAAGCCACCUCCGCUCACCAGUAAGGCUGGCUGAUAACCCGCUCACGCUGCCCCCUUACACCCCUCCACCCAUCCUCAGCCCUGUGAGAGAGGGCUCAGGCCUUUACUUCUCGACCAUCCUCUCUGCUGCUGCGGCUGUCGCAGGAACACAGGGCCUACCGCCGCCCGCUACGCCCAAAUCAGCCACUCGUAGCCUUCUUCGCUCUAACAGCACUGAGAUUACGCCUCCUGUGUUGUCUGCUAUGAGUGAGGCUACUCCUGUCAGCGUUGAGCCGCGGAUAAACAUUGGACAGAGAUAUCAGGCGGAGGUGCCUGAGCUGAAGGAACGCUCUGCUGCGCAGCUCGACCCACACAAGGCUGAGCUGGUGUGGGCGCCACUGCCUGAGAUGGAGUCCAAAGGCCAGCAGCAGGAGCGAGUGAGUGACCUCAUGCACCUGGCCUGCUCCAGUGCACUGUGUGGAGGAGGGACCAAUCAGGAGCUGGCCAUGCACUGUCUCCACGAGUGCAAGGGUGAUAUCAUGGGAGCCCUUGCCCUUCUUCUGUUGAAAAACCCCAUCUUUCCCAAAUCUCACCCUCUGGCAGAUUACCACUACUCUGGCUCAGACAACUGGACACCUGAGGAGAGACGCUUCUUCAACAGGGGCAUCUCCACCUACAAGAAGGACUUCUUCAUGGUGCAGAAAAUGGUAAACUCUAAGACGGUGGCGCAGUGUGUGGAGUUCUACUACACCUAUAAGAAGCAGGUGAAGAUCGGCAAGAAUGGCACGCUUCUCUAUGGUGAAGCAGAGCCUCCUGAAACACGGCCCACAGAGGAGGAGGUGGACUAUAAAGGUUCACAAAGAUUUGAUAUGCGAAAGGAAGAGGAAGAGGACAGGAAGUGGGAGGUACCAGGGGACAGGAAGCGAGAGAGCAGCCCUGACAGGGUGACACAAUGUCUACAGGCCAGUGAAAGUACUGGUGCAGUACUGGUUUUAAGGAAUCAGGAGGAUGGACGACGGGAGCAUCCAGCGGUUGCGGUUAGCCACGCCCCCACAGUGCCUCCCAAGCCCCGACCUGAGAGCACGGUGCGGAAGAGCGGCGUUGGAACAAAAGGCUCUGUAGUACCAGAGGGAGAAUUUCCCUGCAAGAAAUGUGGAAGGAUAUUCUAUAAGGUGAAAAGCCGGAGCGCUCACAUGAAGAGCCAUGCUGAGCAGGAGAAGAAAGCGGCGGCUCUCAGGCAGCGGGAGGCCGAGGAACGUGCUGCAGCCGCCGCAGCGGCUUUAAUGGCCGCUCAACAGAAUGGAUCUCGAGGGGAACAAGCAGCGCGGCGAGCCAGCAGCGAGGACUCCUCAGAUGAGGAAGACUCCACAGACGAUGAAGACUGGCACUAGCAAAUACUUGCUUUUCCUGCAUGGUGCAGCUGGGACACUUCUUUAACAUGACCUGAUACACUGGUCUGUGUGGGGAAGAGUAACGUGGAGAUGGAACAUAAAAGCCUUCAGGGACUGUCUUACUCCCUCAAUGUGUGUGUUUGUAUGUGUGUGUGCGCAUGUGCUAGAGUGUGAGUGUCCAAGAGAAACAUUCAGGGUUUCUCAUUCAGACAUAGGGCUAUAGGGAGUACAAGCCAAGGGGUGGGUGGGUGUGUGUGUGUGUGUGUGUCUGUCUGUCUCAGAGAGUUUGUGUCAAAGAGAUGCAUUCAGCAAGUGUUUCUCAUUCAGACAUAGGGCUACAUGGAGUAUAAGCCAAGAGUGUGUGUGUGUGUGAGAGGGAGGGGAGAGAGAGGGAGAGUGAGUAAGAGAGAGAGAGAGAAUGUGUGUAUGUGUGGUUAGGGGCAGUACCAAACACUGUCCUUUGACACUUUCAGACCCCCACUUUCAGACACACACUGGGUGCAGCCCAGGAAUUCCACCUGCUUCCCCUGCCCAUCUUCCUAUCACAGACUCGCUUCACCCCUUUAUUACCCGCUGUGACUCACACCUCCAUGCAUUCAGUGCUCUGGACACUGCAGGACUUACAAACCGGCAAAGACGGAGGACGGACUAAAGUCCUCCUUUUGAUUUUUCUAAAUGAAAUCUGUGUUUGUGACUCUUACGGUCGACUGCCAAAAGCUUGCACAGCUGUAUUUGUGUACUUUUUAUUUUUUAUUUUUUGUUUGUUUUUUGUAGUGCCGUAAUUUUGGCUUUGGUGUUUUUGUUACGUUUACUUCUGGUCACCUCGCUGAUGCCUUGGAUGUUUUUGACACUUUUAAUCGUGACAUGACAAUCAAUUUUACAAAGGUUCUUUUUAUAUAUCCAACAAAGUAUCAUUGUUUUUGAUAUAUUCCUUAUUAUUAAUAUUAUUAUUGUUGUUAUAAUUGUUAUCCUUAUUAGUGUCAUUGUACUGUUUUAUUGUUUAUGGGUAAGGUAACUUUUUUUUUUUUUGUUUGUUUUGAAGUUUUUUUUAUCAUUUAGCUGUUUAGUUUAUUUAAGACUUUUGCUACCUGUGUUUGCAGUUUGUAAAGCUUCUCUAAGGUGUCAGGCAGGAAAAGACAGAACCCCGAGGGUGAAAGUGCAAUAGAACAAUUUGAAAUAUUGAUGCAAAUGUGCUGCCACUCCUCCCUCCUCCUCCUCCUUCUUCAUUCCCUGUCCAUCUCCAUCAUAAUCUUAACCUGAACUGAACCCUAAUGCAGCCUUGAUUGAACAAGAUCAUUUGAAGAUAUUUAUUGUUAAUGUUAUUUUUCUUGGGGGGGAAAGAACAAAUGUGUUUGAGUGGCUAAAGAAUGAUG